AUGACUGCAGGGAAUACUUUUGGUUUAAGAAAUAUUUUCAAUCAUCAAUUAAUAUCUAUGACCUUCAUAUCCAACUUCAGUGAUUCCAGGUUUGUUCUCACUGGUUUUCCUGGCAUAGAAGUUGACUACCUCUGGAUCUUCAUCCCUUUCUCCUCCAUCUAUGCCAUGGUGUUCCUGGGAAACUGCAUGGUGCUUCAUGUUAUCCAGACUGAGCUGAGCUUGCAUGAACCCAUGUUCUACUUCUUGGCCAUGCUUGCCUUCACAGACCUGUGCAUGGGGCUGUCCACAGUGCAUACUGUGCUGGGGACCCUAUUGGGCCUCAUUAAAGAGAUCACCUUGGAUUCCUGCAUUGCACAGUCCUAUUUCAUCCAUGGUCUGUCCUUCAUGGAGUCCUCUGUCCUUCUUGCUAUGGCCCUUGACCGCUACAUUGCUAUUUGCAACCCAUUACACUACUCCUCUAUCCUAAAUAAUGACAAAAUCAUGAAAAUCGGAAUGGCCAUUUUAGGUAGGAGUUCUUUACUCAUACCUCCAGUCAUUAUCCGCCUGAAAUUCUUAAAUUAUUGUCGUCCCCACAUUCUUUCUCACUCUUUCUGCCUACACCAAGAUUUAAUUAGAAUGGCCUGUUCAGAUGUCCAUUUCAGCAGCAUCUACGGUCUGUUCCUGGUAAUCAGCAACCUAUUGUUGGACGCGGCUCUCAUACUUAUUUCCUACAUCAUGAUUUUGCAUACGGUCUUAGGCAUUGCAUCUCCGGAGGAGAGGAUCAAGUCCUUGCAGACUUGUGUAUCUCAUAUCUGUGCUGUUUUGGUUUUCUACGUCCCAAUUAUUGGUCUGACCAUGGUGCAUCGCUUUGGGAAACACCUCUCACCACUGGUUCAUGUUCUUAUGGGAAACAUCUAUAUCCUUUUCCCACCCUUGAUGAACCCUAUUAUUUAUAGUAUCAAGACUCAGCAGAUACGAAGGAGAAUCCAGAAAAUUUUCUACCUGAAAGGUACUUAA